ACGCGAAAGCAGUAACCAAAACACACGCAGCACACGCGUCAGCUCUUGAUGAAAUUGGACGGAAUUGUCGUCGUUUCAUGUCGAAGCCCGACAAAUUUCAAAGUUUCAGUUUGCAGUGAGCUCCGAUUCGGGUGAAAUUGGAUCAUGUCACCGAUCAGGACUCUGUGGCAGUGCGCCCUGAGUCCACGGCUUUACAAAUACUACGAAGUCUCAUGGGUAGGGCGUCUUAUCGACAAACCAUAUGAAGCGCAGCGAUUAGAAAGAUGGGGAGAUCACGUAGUUUUUUCGCUUGUAACAGCUUGGUCUCUAACUAUCUAUGCCAUUCCUCUAAUAAUCAUAGCCAUGUACAGAAGAGGCUCACCUUUGGCAGAUGCUAUGACAAUAACUCAAUUAAUGACUGGAGCUGGAAUUAUUUUAGUUACGUCUUUGAUGGCAAGAGGAUACUCCAGAGCAAAGAAUCCAACUUAUAUGAAAUUCAUGAAAGUGUUAGAUGACGCCAAAUCAAAUUACAAUAAUGAAACUAAGCAAGAGUUAAAUAAAUUUGAUUUUGAAUUUUGGGCAUGGCCAAUUGAUUUCAAUGUAUCUACUAUACCUAUUACAGAAAAGACUGAUGUUAGUACUAAUAGUUCUAGUUAUCGAAGGAAACAAUCUGCUAUUCUAGCAGUACCAUGUAAAAUUGCUUCAUAUACAAUAGCUCAUAUGGUUGCUCAAAAGUUGAUUUAUCCUGGCAGUGUGUCACUUGUAAAUUUAGCAAUGCGUGGAAUGUUGUUGCAAGGCAGAACUGAUCUCAUAAAAAUUGGAGCAGAGAGAUAUAAGCUCUUUACACAAGAUAAAAAUGAAAUUGAUGCUAUAUUUUUAGACCGGAGGCACAAGACAACUAAUGGAGCUACAUUAGUUAUUACUUGUGAAGGAAAUUGUGGAUUUUAUGAAAUUGGUAUCAUAUCCACACCUAUGAAUAAAGGAUAUUCAGUUUUAGGGUGGAAUCACCCAGGUUUCGGUGGUAGUACUGGUGCACCAUUUCCUGAUCAAGAAAAAAAUGCCAUAGAUUGUGUGAUGAAAUUUGCAAUUCACAAACUUGGAUUUGCAGAAAAUAAAAUAAUUAUCAAUGGUUGGAGUAUUGGCGGUUACACAGCUGCUUGGGGUGCUAAACACUACCCUAAAAUUCAAAGCCUGUUAUUAGAUGCUACAUUUGAUGAUAUUUUGCCACUGGCGCUAGCAAGAAUGCCCGUUUCAAUACAUCCCUUGGUGAAAAAUGUCAUAAGAACGCAUUUCCAUCUUAAUGUUGCGAGCCUUCUGAAUUCUUACGAUGGCAGAGUUCUUAUUAUCAGACGAACAGAUGAUGAAAUGAUUUGCGUACCAGAUAACAGUCUUAAAGGAAAUAGAGGUAACAAAUUGCUUGAAAAAUUGCUGCUCAGGCGUUAUCCAAAUCUCUUUGUGGAUUCUCCAAAUUCUUUGAAAUAUUUGGAGAAUCUUCUGUCUGCAUCGUCAGCUAGUGAAGGCCGAUUAAUAUUGAAUGAACAAGAUGUUGAUAAAUCACGGUGCGAGGAGUUAAUUGCUAAUGAUAUUAUUAAAAAUAAUAAUUCAGUGACAUAUCCUGCAGAUCUUGGAACUGGUCUUGAUUCACAGACCAAAGUUCAACUUGUGCUGUAUUUGGCAACAGUCUACAUGAUAGAUCAAAUAUCACAGCAUUGUACACCUUUGCAUCCAGAACUAUUUCAAAUUGGGUGGGACCCUAAAUCAACAAUCAAAUCUAAACAUCAAGACUAAAACUGUAAUGAUAUCCAUAUUCAAGGUGAAGUGAGACCAGUGCUUUGAAAAACUCAAAUUAUUAUUGUUUAAAAAUGUUGUUCAGAUGAGCAUUAACACACAUGACCAUUAUAAGUUUAAUGUUUAAAUUCAACAAAUGGUGUUUCAUGUGAAACAUGAUAAAGAUAAACUAUAUUUAAAAACAUGCUUAAUAAGUACUGCUAUAAAUACUUAUAAAAUUUACAUGCAACAAAAUUAUGGUGAGAGGAAACAAAAUUCAUUCAUAAUUUAUGAAAUGAUUAUAACAAGUCUAGCCUAUAAAAAUUCUACAAGAAUAUCAGAAAAAGUGAUAGUAGGGUUUAAUGGCAUAAAAUUAAUGUUGUGUUAAUUUUAAAAUUAAUUUAAUUUUUAAUCCAUCUUCAGACACUUUUACAUUUUGUUCUCGUUACUUUGUUAAUACACUUUUUUACACAAGUACAGAGGAGA